AUGAAAGUGAAGGUCAAGAGCAUCGCUGGGGAUAACUUCGAAGUUGAGAUCGGAGGGAGUUCUACUGUGUUUGAUCUCAAGAAGGCAAUCAGUGAAGUGAAGCGGUACGACGUGACAGACGAAAUGCUGAGGGACUCAUCGAAAGGGAUGAAGAUCAUCCUGCAGGGUAAGAUCCUUGAUGAUUCUCAGACGAUCAGCUCGCUGGGUCCCAAGAUCUCUUUCUUCGUCAUGAUGCCCCCCGAAGGAGUCACCUUGAAGAAGGUUGAGGUCAGCAAGCCACAGGACCAGCCUGCAGUCACCUCGGGACUACAGAACAACACCAUUCUGAUGGGCGAGGACCUUGAGGCGAGUGUGCGGGAGAUCUGUGGUAUGGGCUUCGCGGAGUCCGAGGUCAGGCGCGCACUGCGGUUAGCGUUCAACAAUCCCGAUAGAGCCGUCGAGAUUCUCUACAAUGGAGCGAGUGACGAUGCGCAGCAGAUGCAGAAUGAACAGCCUGCGGAGCAGCAACAGCAACAGCAAGGAGCGUCUCCCGAGGCACCUUCUCAUGGCUCGAUGCCUUUGCGCUUCAACAUGGAUGCUCUUGCCGUCAACGCUAGUGAGGCAGGAGCAGGAGGGAAUCAGCUCGAGAUGCUAAGGAGAGAUCCUCAGUUUGCUUUCGUCAGGCACUGUGUGCAGAGUCAGCCAAGUCUGCUCCCGGAGCUCCUGCUGCAGAUAGGUCGAGUGAACCCGUCGUUGCUGGCUACCAUCAACCAGAACCAGGCCGAGUUCGUACGGAUCGUGAACGAGCCUGGGAUGCAGAACCCUCAAGAGCCAUCACAGCACACCAUUCAACUCACUAGGGAAGAACUUGACCAGGUCGAGCGACUAGAGCAGCUGGUGGUUCCAAUGGGCCUCGACCGUCAGGCAGUGCUGGAGGCUUGGCUGGCAUGUGAUAAGGACGAACAAUUAGCUGCAAACUACUUGUUGAACAACUUGGAAGACAUUCUAGCUUCCAGAGGAGGUUUUUGUUCUUGUUCCUCUUCUCCUUUGAUUUGCUUGUAG